AUGGCUUCCAGACGAGCGCUCCUCGCGGCUCUCCGCUCCGCAUCCCGCCGAUCAUCGCAGCCCACCAAGUACGGAACCACCGCAAACCGCUUUUUCUCCUCCGCCGCCUCCACCCCCGCCUCCCGCUCCCCCGCCAUCGCUAACGCCCUUCUCCGCGGAAGCACGCUCGCAAACCAGGUUUCUGCCGGUCGCCAUGUCCCCGUGCGCUCAUUCGCGGCGGAAGCCGCCGCCGUUGCGGAGACAACCCCCGAGGACUUUACCGGCGCCGGCAGCAUUGGACACAUCUCGACGGUUAUCGGAGCCGUGGUGGACGUUAAAUUCGACAAGGGCCUUCCGCCGAUUCUGACGGCGCUGGAGGUGCAGGGGCACUCGAUCCGCGUGGUGCUGGAGGUUGCGCAGCAUCUCGGGGAGAACACCGUCCGCACGAUUGCCAUGGAUUCUACCGACGGGCUCGUGCGCGGGCAGCACGUGCUCAACACGGGAUCGCCUAUCACGAUCCCUGUGGGUCGCGCGACGCUCGGGCGCAUCAUGAACGUCAUCGGCGAGCCCAUCGACGAGAAGGGCCCGCUCGAGUCCCCCCACAGCCUGCCCAUUCAUCGCGAGGCUCCUCUCUUUACCGACCAGAGCACGGAGCAGGAGAUUCUCGAGACCGGUAUCAAGGUCGUGGAUCUGCUGGCGCCGUACCAGAGGGGAGGCAAGAUCGGUCUGUUCGGCGGAGCGGGAGUGGGCAAGACGGUGCUGAUCAUGGAGCUGAUCAACAACAUCGCCAAGGCGCACGGUGGCUUCUCCGUGUUCGCGGGCGUGGGCGAGCGCACCCGCGAGGGCAACGACCUGUACAAGGAGAUGAUUGAGUCGGGCGUUAUUAAGCUGGGCGACAAGCAGCUGGAGAGCAAGUGCGCGCUGGUGUACGGGCAGAUGAACGAGCCCCCCGGUGCGCGCGCGCGCGUGGGGCUGACGGGGCUGACGGUGGCGGAGCACUUCCGCGACUACGAGGGGCAGGACGUGCUCUUCUUCGUUGACAACAUCUUCCGGUUCACUCAGGCCAACUCGGAGGUGUCUGCGCUGCUGGGUCGUAUCCCCUCCGCUGUGGGGUACCAGCCCACGCUGGCGACGGAUCUGGGCGGGCUGCAGGAGCGAAUCACCACCACCAAGAAGGGCUCUAUCACGUCAGUGCAGGCCAUCUACGUGCCUGCUGACGAUCUGACUGACCCUGCUCCUGCUACCACCUUCGCGCAUCUCGACGCUACGACCGUGCUGUCUCGUCAGAUCUCCGAGUUGGGUAUCUACCCUGCUGUGGACCCGCUCGACUCUUCCUCGCGCAUGCUCUCCCCGUCCAUCCUGGGCUUGGAGCAUUACAACUGCGCGCGUGGCGUGCAGAAGGUGCUGCAGGACUACAAGAACCUGCAGGAUAUCAUUGCCAUUUUGGGAAUGGACGAGCUGAGCGAAGAUGACAAGCUGGUGGUGGCCCGUGCGCGCAAGAUCCAGCGUUUCCUGAGCCAGCCCUUCCACGUGGCUGAGGUGUUCACUGGCUCGCCAGGCAAAUACGUCGACGUCAAGGAGAGCAUCACCAGCUUCCAGGGAGUGUUGGACGGCAAGUACGACGACCUGCCAGAGCAGGCGUUCUACAUGGUGGGAGGCAUCGAGGAGGUGGUGGCCAAGGCGGAGAAGCUUGCCAAGGAGCUCAGCUCUUAA